AUGUCUUAAUCAGAGAUGAAUUAGUAGAAGUCUAAAAAAGAGUAAUAAUCGAAAAAAUACAGAAUACUUAGUUUUGAAGAUAAGUAAAAAAUAAUGAAAGUUUUGUAAUAUAAUAACACUAUUGAUACCCUUUCUACACUCAGUGCAUAAUAUAAAACAUCAAUUAAAAAUCUUAGAAGAUGGUAUAAUGAAGGUAUAAAUCGAAAACCAGGCUGUGGAAGAAAAAAACUUAAUCUAGAAGCCGAAAAAAAAUUAUGUGUAUGGAUAAUUGAAUAGAGUGCUAAAUAAGGAAAAAGAGUAAGGAGAACUUAAUUAAAAGACUAAGCAAUAUCAUUAUUUAAUGAUAAAUACUUUAAAGCUUCAAAAGCUUGGUAAGAUGAGUUUAUUAGAAAUUAUGAUAUCAAAUAUUAAGUUAAUGAAAUUUUAUAUCAGAAAGGCAUGUUAAACACACUUUAAAAAUAAAAAUUCUUAGAAAUGUAAGAAAAAAGAAAAGUAGAGAGUAAUGAAAAAAUUAAUGAAAAUAGCUCAAGUUAAUAAGAUCAUAAUUAAUCUCAAAUUCCAACUUAAACAAAAUCUGAAGAGAACAAUUAUUAAUGUUAAACCAGUGCUUUUUGCCAAGAUGACUAUUAAUGGUUUUAAACACCCUAGUUUGAUGUUAAAUUUGAAGAAUCAUUUAACUAAUAAUAAUUUGAAGCUUCUCCAAAAAUAAAUACUCUAAAUGAAGAUUCCUGGGAUUACAAAAUAAAUUAAAAUGAAUUAUAAGAUUCUGAAUUUGAAGGGUUUAGUUGUUCAAAAAAAACGAAAAAAUUAUAGAAAAAGAAAAGAAUAUAUUGA